UGUGUCAAACAAAAAGAAGGACAUAGACAUUAGAAGUGAAGUUCAAAUACAGAAUACAUGUUGAAAUCCAAAAACAAAACAAAACAAAAAAACAGAAGAAAACUUUUGCAAAAUUGUCUUUGUAUUCUCAAAAGAACUAGAAGCUAUCAAUGACAAGAGUACUGAAGAUGGAAGAUACAACGACGUGGAGAAAGUUAUGAUGAUCCUAGACACGAUGCUGCCUCCCAUGGCCCUCCCCAGCAUGUCCUGGAUGCUGCUUUCCUGCCUGAUGUUCCUGGCUCGGGUCCAAGGUGAAGACUCCCAGAAGGAUGUGCCCGCUCCACGGAUCAGCUGUCCCAAAGGCUCCAAGGCUUAUGCCACCCACUGCUAUGCCUUGUUUAUGACACCAAAAUCCUGGAUGGAUGCAGAUAUGGCCUGCCAGAAGAGGCGCUCGGGACACCUUGUGUCUGUGCUCAGUGGGUCUGAAGCAUCCUUUGUGGCCUCCCUAGUCAAGAACAGUGUGAACACCUACUCAAAUAUCUGGAUUGGGCUCCAUGACCCCACAGAGGGCUAUGAGCCCAGUGCAGGUGGAUGGGAGUGGAGUAGCAAUGAUGUGCUGAAUUACUUUGCCUGGGAGAGAGACCCCCCCACUAUCGCAAACCCUGGCCAUUGUGGGAGUCUGUCAAGUAGCACAGGAUAUCUGAAAUGGAAAGAUUACAACUGUGGUAUGAGGCUACCCUAUGUCUGCAAGUUCAAGGACUAGAUCUGGGGAGACGUAAGGAACCUGAGUUUUGCAUGCCACUCAUCAUGGACAUGGGACCAAGUGUAAAGAAUAUCCCUGAAAGAAACAUUCUCCUAUACCUCUAAACUUCACCACCUCAUUAUGACCUUCCCUUCUUCUCAGCCUCAUUUCAAACUCCUCUGUGUCUUCCAUAAU